CCUGAGAACUGUUUACAAUGCCAUUUGGAAACCUUGUCAAACAAAGUGUUGUUGACUUUAGCACAGCUGACUGUCUCACAAACACACUCAUCCAGGAGAACUUAAGGACAGAAGACGCACUUUUGCAGCUUAUUUGUUGUUCAAAAACGGGUACGACUGAAGAUGGAAGAAAAACUUUCGGAUGAAAAAGUGAAAUGUAUGCUCGCCCCUUGGAGGUUUUCCUUCAGGGCACCUGGAUUUGAAAACAGACUGGUGACUGCUCUACAACUGUUUGAACGUUUCCCUUUAGAUGUAGCUGUGACUGGAGGAACACCGGAGGCUAAUGCUCAGCUGGCUUCUGCAAUCUGUGGACCGGGUGAGGAAGUCGAAGAGGAGGAAUUGGAAACCGAUAAUGAAGGUGAUGAGGAGGAAGAAACAGAUGAGGAAGAAGAAUCAGAGGACAGUGAAGAAGAAGGAAGUGCAGAUGAGGAACACAGUAUAAAAUCUAAGUUAAAUCCUAAUCACCACCGCAGUAGUAGUAGGAAACGUGUUCGGAUAGCAGAGCAUGCAGAAUAUAUAGGGAGUAGUGUUCCUGAUUUUGACUCUGCGAUUUUACACCGUCAGAUCCCAAAUGUCCGUGUGUGGACCGUCCAGGGCCAUCCAAAUUCAAAUUCCAUCAUUAACCAGACCAACCAGCAGUAUGACUCCACAUGCUAUGAUGUUCUGGUGGUUCUCACCACAGAGCAGAACAAAGAGGACCACAUGUGGCUCAAAAUGGAAUUGCAUGGCAGAGAUCAGCCUUUUUUUCUGGUUCAAGCUGAGCGGGACUGGGACGUGGUCGAGGAGAAGCCUACAGGGCCGUGCAUGACCUGCGCCUGGGAACGAAUGAGAGCUCGCAAGCUGGAGUUGCAGAAGAGAAGUAAAGAAGUAUUUGGAGAGACGGCUGAUUCAGAAGCAGAAAGCCAGAAUCUUUCAAAUGCUUCCCAAGAUCCAGAGUUAGUGAAGAUGAAGGAUAUCGUCAAAGUGCUUGCUGAAGCCCUGCCUGAGCUUCGGAAGAAGGCUUUUAGUCAGUUUCUGGUGGCGAUUACAAGGGAACUUCGGAUUCCUAAAUUACUGACUGAUGACACACAGGUUGUGGUUUCUACGGCUUUGCGAUCCAGGAAGAUAAACCAGGAUGAUCUUGAUCAGAUCACCAAGCUCUCGCAGACCAGAGAUCUCACAGACAAUCCUUCCAAGCUUCAGGCCAUCCUUGCAGCUUUCGAUCACUUCUGGCUGGAUAUCGGUGUGCUGGGUGAGACGGGAUGUGGCAGCUCCAGCUUGGUCAAUGCCCUCUUGGGUCUGGAGAAAGGUGAUGGACAAGCUUCCUCAACCGGUGCCACUGAAACAACUAAAGAGGUUGUGAAGUAUCCCUACCCAUCCACCAAUGUCCGCCUUUGGGACCUUCCUGGGCUUGGAAAAAUAGGUGAUCUAAGCAGCCUGUCCUCUGCGUCCAGCUCUUCUGAAGCUCAGUGUAUAACAUCGGCACUUUCUUUGUGUGAUGUAUACAUACUGGUAUCUCCUUUGAGGCUUAGAUUGGGAGCCAUACAGUUGUUGCAGCAAGCAUCAUCCCUAGGGAAGGAAUGUUACCUGGUGCUUACCAUGGCAGAUUUGAUUGAGGAGCAGUCUAUUGUGGAGGUGAGGCAAUGGGCUGAAGAAGUCUUGAGUAAACUUGGUCUCCAGCAGAGUUUAUUUCUGGUGUCUGCUCAACAUCCACAAACCUUGGAUUUACCCAAGCUAAAGGAGACAUUGAAGGCAGCCUUUCCAAGUCAUAAGAAAGUCGCUCUUGCCAGAUAUGCAGCAAAGCAACUGGAUGGUGAUGUUUUCUGGAAAAGAUCAGAUUCUUGCAAAUUUAUGUAAAUAGUUAAGUCUUUCGAGAAUUUCAGGUAUUUUCUCACAAUCAAACAUGUUUUAUCAGGGAGGGAUUUCUGUUUGUUUAACUACUCAUCACUCUCCAAACAUAUUUCAUCCCUAUAUGUGAUCCACCCUAGUCAGAGGCAAUCUAUUAGCGAUUUGCAUUGAUUAUUUUUCACUUUUUCAAUUUUCACUCUAACCAUAUCUUCCUGAAUUAUUUUAUUUAGACACAUUAUUUAAUUACAUUUACUCAUUUAACUUUUUUAUUUUGAAAAAUAUCCUGCAUGCUACCAUAUUUGCAAAAUAUGCAACAUUUAAUGCAAUUUUAGGUGAAAGUCUAGAUAUUGUAACUCAUUGCAAGCUAUGAUAGUGUAUGGCAUUUCUGUUAAUGAUACUGGUAGAAUAUAUCCAUAUUUUCAUGUGUUGCAACUUGAUAUUUACAUUUUCUGAUGCCAUAAGUGAUGUUUGCCCAUGCAAAACCUGCAACCACAAUUUUAGGGUGUUACUAGUGGUUGCUAGUGUUGUUGCUACUGUUUGUGGUUGCUAGGGUAGUCAGGGUGUGUUUAUUGGCCACAAUCAAAAGUCUCUGAUAUUUGGAUCUGUUUAGUCCAUUUUAUAUUUAAUUUCAACCACAUAUCUGGUCACUUAGAAAAAUAAUAAUCCCUCUUUCUUCAAAAAGCUGCGUGAUUUGAUGUAUCAAUUAUGUAUGUAGCACAAAUGGUGUGGGAAAAUGAAUGCUUGGAUUUAUACUUGGGGUUUGAGGUUUAUUUUGACAUAACAAAAACUUUCAUUAGCACAAGUACUCUAAAAAGCAUUAAGAGUUUAUAUUAAGCAGGUGUGUCAGGACACAGGAACAGGUCUAUUGAUUCCUAAUGAUGCAUGAGUGAAAUUAAUCUGACAUUCACAUAUUCAUGCCUUCCACUCAUGCCAUUUCAUUUCUUUGAUGGAAAACAAGGGAGCUUCAGUCUCAUUAUUCACUCAACACCUCACCUGUUAACCACAGGACCCCACCCACCGAUGCCUGGGGGGUGAAGUCGUCUGUGAACACUAGUUACUCCUCUUAGUGCGAGGAGGAGCCACUAACUACUUUCUCCAGGGCCAUUAGGCAGCACUAACAUUCAAAAUUCAACUCCCCCAUCUUGAAAACAUUACAAUUUGGUUCAGAAAUGCUCAGUGUGUCAUGAAACGCUUGCAUUGCUGAUGAAAAGAUGCAUGGUGAAUGAAUAUCGCGCAGCAUUAUUUGUGAGCAUUUGAUGAUGAUCACCUUGGGGACAUUAAUAGUAGCACCACACCAUGUUUGUAUGGAUAAUCAUUGGGCUUUCAGCGUGAAAGACGACUAAAUAUGAAAGCUGAAUGAGCAAGAGUCAACCAGUCAUCUGUCAGCUGUGGACCGGUAUGCAAACAACAUGAACCUUGUAACUAAUGGAUUGUCAGUGCAGUGUUACUUGAUGCCAAAGAUGAUGGGGAAAGUGAGAAGAAGAGUUCAGGAGAUGAGAAACCCAAACACUAUGUUGUCUUCAGUAGAUAUGAGUUACAACGAGAGCACACGACUGGCUAUGGAUGCUCUCUUGGAUAGAGGGAAUCAUGGAUACCAGGAAGUGCUGAACAAAGAGAAUGAAGCAAACUUUCUGUCAGCAGAGGAGAAAACAUACAUCUUAAACAACAUUAAAACGCCUCUCAGUGACAAUGAAGAGACAGACAGGGAUGAAGAGAUGUCCGGUUCUGCAACAGUUUCUUCUGAGACAUACUUUCCUGCGGUCACAGAGAGUGAGCCUCCAGUUCUUGACUACGGCUGGCCGGUGGCUGACUGGAGUUACCAUCUGCAAGGAAUUCCCAGUGUGGAAGUGUUCUUUCACUCAAUGAAAUCAUUUUCCAUGAAAGACAUGCUUCGGGAACUCAUCAGGCAAGCAACUAAAGUUUUGGCUAUAGUUAUGGACACAUUCAGCGAUGUGGAGAUUUUCUGUGACACACUGGAGGCGAUAAGAAAACACAAUGUGUCCAUCUAUCUCCUUCUGGAAUACACCAAUUUACAGCUGUUUCAGGACAUGUGUGAAAAUCUAAAAAUCAACAAGUCUCAUCUUACUAGAAUGUCCAUUCGUAGUGUUCAAGGGGAAACAUACUGUGCCAAAUUGGGCAGAGAGUUUACUGGACAGAUGAAAGAGAAAUUCAUCAUUGUGGACUGCACAAAAGUGCUGGUCGGCUCAUACAGUCUCACGUGGCUGUCCUGGCAGGUUCACAGAAGCUUGGCCGUGCUCUUCAAAGGCAGCGGGGUUAAACCUUUCGACCUGGAGUUUCGCAGACUCUACACAAUUUCUGAACCUAUCCCAGGAUUUACCUGCCACACAUCAGAUCCUGGGGAUCUCUGCCUAGCUUUGAGAAAUUCCACGUCCCAAUGCGCCCGGGAGGAAUUGCCAGAAACACUCCUGACCAAUUACAACAGAAACCUCGUAAACCCAGGAACUGGAGUUUCCCGACAGCUCAUGUCCGGUUCAGACAACCUAGUUAUCCAAACAUCACCACUGGACCGCAAAGAUCUCAGUGGCUUCCACAGAGAAAAACGAUCCAUCACCCCAUUGCUUAUCAGCCCCCACUUUUCAAAGAUUAUAAUACGAUGAUCUGAUUGCAAACACAUGGCAAUCACAUCAACAGUGGUGUUCCUGCAACGUCCCACUGGUGCUAGAUUAGGUUAUUUUAAUGCUUCAGUUGGUAUAUUGUAAUAGUAGAUGUAAAAACUUUAUUUAUUUUACCACAUUAAACUUUACUCUGCUGUGACAGUAACAGCACCAUUAAGAGGUCCACAUUCA